AUGCUGCAAUACGCGGUCCUCUACGCGACUGUCUUCCUGCUAGCUAGAUGGUUGUCGACUCGUUACACGCUUGAGAUCGUCACGGUAUCGCAAACCCGCUGUAGCGGUGCUCUUCCCGCCGAAUUCUUGAGCAAUCCCCCGUCGCCCGACACGCCGGCGUUCCAAAGCCUAGCAAGGGCGCUGGAUCAGCAGCUCGCUCGACGUGUAGCCCGUGCUGAUAUGGACAGCUUGGCGGUCGCGGUCGUGACUUCCGGUGGUUCCGUGUUCGAAGGGACGUACGGGGUCGUAAAAGCGAAUGAAUCGUCGGAUGGACGCGUCGAUCGCGACACGAUUUACCGACUCGCGUCCGUUUCCAAGAUCUUCACAGCUCUCGAGUCGUGGUUGUUAGUGCAGAACGGGAGUCUCGAAUGGGAUCGCCCAAUAUCGGAUUAUAUCCCGCAAUACUCUCCUCCGUGUGCAGCCUCUGACCGGUGCUACUCGCCUACCGUUCGUGACCUCGCGUCGCACAAGGCAGGCGUCGGGUCGGAUAUGCCCCCGGGAGACAUGGUCUCCUGGCCGCACUCCCUGCAAGGCGCGGGCUCUCCACCCGAGAACGGGCGCCCCUUUCCCUCAGACGAGGAGGUUCUCGAGAGCAUCAAUCGAUAUUCUACGGGGGUCCCACCAGGUACAUUGCCCAUCUAUUCCAACACUGGCUACGGGUUCUUGGGCAUGGUCAACUCCGCCGCCGUCGCCUCGAAGUCAGGACAGAAACCUAGUCACGCGGACUUGCUACAGCGGGACGUGUUCUCUGUGCUCAACAUGACCAGCUCUGGCUUCCUUACAAGCGCGUUCGAGCAGGAACGGAUUGCAGUACCUUCAUCCUUGAGCGAGGCUACGGAUUGGGACUUCCGGAACGCCAUGAACCCUGCCGGUGGGCAGUCUAGUUCGCUGGCGGACAUGGCCAAAGCCACAAGUGCCCUUUUGAAGUCCCUGGAUCCCACUACCACAGACAGCCUGCUAUCCAGCGCACUCAUGCAGCAAUGGUUGUCCUCCUCACACGCUUGGGACGACGGCAUCACCGAGCCCGGGCUUGGCUGGAUCGCCCUCUUGCGCAAAGACAAGUGGAAGCGGACGCAACGACUGUACCAAAGCUUCGGACAGCUCGCUGCAUUCCAUACCGCGUGGACGAUCAACCCCCGCGCGGGCUACGGCAUCGUCGUGCUCAUGACCGGCGACUACCCGGACUCGCAAGACUUCACGAUGCAGCUCGUGGACGCCUUCCAGCCCGUCUUCGACGCUCUCCUCGAAGCCGAAGCGCGCAGAUCGUACGUCGGCCGCUGGUUCACGACACCCGAAGCCACCUCCGCCGGCCCGAGCAGCGAGAUGGUCACCUCCCUGCGCUCAGGCACGCUCUGGGUCGACAAGCUGAUCCUGAACGGGACCGAUACGCUCGGCCUGCUCCAAGGCGCCGACCGCCCCGAGCCUGUCAUGUUGUGGCCUACGGGUGAUCCGGGUCGAUUCCGGCUGGCGUCGGGCAUCCCGUUCUUCAACAGCGCGCCGAACUACGGCUGUCUGAGCUACUUUUAUGCGAUGGACGUUGGCUACGCCUCUGGGGCGCCAGUGACCGAAAUCGUCUUCUCUGGAGCAGAGGCCGCGCGGGCGGCGCGCUUCCCUUCAGCACAGGUAGUUUUACGCAGGAUCUGA